GACAGAGUGAGAUUCCGUCUCAGAAAAAAAUAAAAUAAAAUUAUCAAUAGAUGGUGACCCUCAUCUUCAUGUUUUCUGCAUCUAUUGAAGUGCACCAUUGAGAUCGUGGAGUUCUUCCCUGUUUGUCCAAAUGGUGAACAACACUGAUUUUCUGAUGUUGAAGAAUCCCUGGAAUAAACUCUGCUUGGUGUCCAUGGAUUUCUGUUUCCCUUUAGAUUUUGUUAGUAAUUUAUUUUGGAUUUUUGCAUCCAAGUUCAUAAUUGUACUGACAAAGGCAGAUUUUAAAAGGACAAGUUGGGAGGCUAAGGUGGAAGGAUCACUUGGGCCUGGGAGAUUGAGGCUACAGCGAGCCUUGAUUGUGCCACUGUACUCCAGCCUGGUGACAGCAAGACCUGUCUCUAAAAUAAUAAUAAAUAAAAGGACGAGUUUACUUACAGUCUCACCAAGCAAUGAAAGAGCUUAUCUUCCUCCUGUUUCCUUUGCGGAUCUUGCUCAUGUAUUUUAUCUUAGUUACUUUAGCAUAAAUGCUAAAUCAAAUUCUUUUUCACUAGACAUCAUCAUAGCUCUAGGCAUGCCACAUAAUAAUACCCAAACACAUAUUAAUCAUUAAAAUUGUUUCCUUUUUUUGUGGCUACUGUAACCACUUCAGCGAACCAUUUAAUCCAUAGUGAGUUUAAAUUAUUUUUUCUCGGCUGGGCGCGGUGGCUCACGCCUG